AUGUCUUCAUUGACAGAUCUGGAAAGACAGUCCCAGGACUCCAAACUGUCCUUGACUGGAAUGGCAUCUCAAUUGGGUAUCAACAUUGGGAUAUCGUUUGGUGUAUUGAUGGUCUUUAAUGUUCUACGGCCGAAUAACUCUUUGGUCUAUGCACCAAAGUAUAAAUAUGCAACCAAGAGUCAAAAACCACCAGCCAUCAAAAGAGGCAUGUUUGCCUGGAUAAGGCCAGUAAUGAAGGCAUCAGACGAAGAAUUAUUAGACCAAAUUGGCUUUGACGCCAUUUUGUUCAUCCGAUUUAUGCGAAUGCUGAGGAACCUGCUGUAUGCAAUGUCAUUUGUAGGCAUUUGCGUAUUAAUUCCUAUCAACGUCGCUGCCACAUCUUAUACAGGUUUUUGGGGUGUCGAACUCUUGUCAAUCUCGACAAUCAAUUACUACGACGGUAAAUUCCACUCAGAGGGAAAUCUUUCGUGGUACUGGGCACACACUGUCGGGACAUGGCUUUUUUCUCUUCUCAUCUAUCGUACGAUAUUCUACAACUAUCGAGCUCACGUCCUUUUUCGAAAGAGUUAUUUCGAGACCAAAGAUUACCAACAGGCCACACAUGCCAGGACACUGAUGAUUCUCAACGUACCGGCCGCCAUGCAGUCAGACACAGCCCUAGGAAACUGGAUCACAAGCAUGGACCUGCCCUUCCCUUUCUUGCACGCAUCAAUUGGCAGGCAUGACAGCCAACUCACAAAAAGUGUCGAGGAGCACGAGAAAGCUGUUCGCAAACUAGAGCUCUUGCUGUCUAACCAUCUUCUUCAAGGUAACAAAAAAAACCUAACAUUAAUAACAAGACCAAUGAUGAGAACAAAGUGGUUUGGCCGUGGUCAAAAAGUAGACGCAAUUGAAUACUAUUCUUCUCGAAUACAAACCCUCCGCCAAGCCAUAACUCAGCUACGAUCAGACACGGCCUCGGACAAACGUACUACAAACUAUGGCUGGAUUGUGUUUUCAAAACCAUUCAUGGCCCAUGCAGUUGCCCAAAGACUCUCGGCCCCUUCUUCACCUUUGCUCAGCUUACCCCGCAGACUAGUUCAGGGAGCCAAGCCCCGUGUCGAACUGGCUCCUCCGGCCAAGGACCUUGUCUGGUCAAACCUGGCAAUGAAUGAGCAUAUCCGAGACAGUCGCCGUGUGGUCGGCAGCAUUGUGUUCUAUGUGUUUACCUUUCUGUGGUUCAUUCCUUCGAGUUUUCUGUCGGCAUCCUCGAACGUAAAGAACUUCAUUCGACUGUUUCCAGACGCAGAUCUGUUUAUCCAAAACCACUCUACAUUUGUGUCACUCAUGAGUUCCUGGUUCUCCCCUGUCGUGAUGGCCAUCUUCUUUCUGAUUCUACCCAAAAUUCUCCGCCUGCUAUCUCAGCAACAAGGCUAUCUGACCGAAACAAGUCUCGACCGUCAAGUGCUAUCCAAACUCUAUGUGUUCUUUAUGGUCAACAAUCUGUUUGUCUUUACUGUCUCGUCUGUUCUGUUGGCCAUGUAUGCACAGAUACAACUGGCCGCCAAAGACAAUCGGGCUCUCACAGCCCAGGAAUUCUUUGAGACGAUGGGCAAUGUUUCGACUUUCUGGGUCAAUUAUGUAUCCCUCAAAGGUCUUGGUGUUGUCAUGGACCUUGCGCAGAUAUUUGGUCUUAUUUCGGUGACACUAAGAAAACUCUUCACCAAACCAAGUCCGCGUCAGUUGAGAGAAAUGACAGUUCCGAUUGGGUUUGAUUAUCCUCUCUACUACAACAUCCUCUUAUUCUUCUUCACGGUCGGAUUGAUGUAUUCGGUCAUUGCACCUCUUGUACUGCCAUUCACGAUGUUUUACUUCAUGCUGGCUACAAUGGUAUUUAGAUAUCUACUGAUGUAUGUCUAUGUUACCCCAGUUGAGACUGGAGGUCAGAUCUGGCGUGUUUUGAUCAACCGCCUUUUGAUAUCAACAGUCAUGUAUCAGCUGGUCAUGAUUGGUGUACUAAACCUAAAGGGUGCAGUUGGACAGUCGAGUGCACUGAUCCCUCUGCCAUUCUUUACUGUCCUACUCAAGUUGUACUGCCGUCGAUACUUUGAUCCUCAUGUGUAUUAUCAAGAUCCAAAUGAUAAAAGCAAUUUUAAUCAGAACCUUAACCAUAAUCGCAGCCAACAUAAAAAAAAAGAAACAAACUCAAACCGACAUGGUUUUAGAGAUCCGGCCCUAUUUGCUGAACUUCCGAUUCCAAUGGUGCACGAACGCGUACGGCAUCUUUUGCCGCAUCUCUACAGA